AAGAUACACUGGUAGCCUGCUAGUCUACAUCCUCUGUACACUACAAUUUUCAGUGGGUUGUGGGAAUUUUCACUGCAGUUUAAAGUGAGUCAGAUUUGCUGUUCUAACAGCACCGCAAAAUGGUGGAUGCACUAUAUAGUUCACUACUUAAGAAAAUUGGGUAAUUUCAAAUGCAGCCCUAGAUUUCAAGUUGCUCUUAGAUGAAGAAAUGAUUUCCCAAGCAUAAAGAGAAUGAUUUAUUUAAAAUCAGUUGAGAGGCAUGCCCAUCUCCAAAGACAUGUUUACGCUAAUGGGUGUCUGGAAAUUGCCCAUAGCCUAUGAUUCUGUCCAUGUGUCUUGAGACGCAUGCCCUAUCUGGAAUGAGCCGCCUAGUGUUUCCCAUCCUCGUGCCCUAUCUGGAAUGAGCCGCCUGGUGUUUCCCAUCCUCGUUCCCUAUCUGGAAUGAGCCGCCUGGUGUUUCCCAACCUCGUGCCCUUUGUUUCCUGACUCCAGGUUCGCCCCUCAUGAGGAUCAACAGUUAGAAGCUAUUAACUGCUCAUUACUCUUACUGUCAUUUUCACAAUAGUACAAAAUAACCUAAUGCAGAUUCAGUACGUAAUAAAUAAUCAGUACCACAUACCCCACACUUAUUCUUGCUAGUAGAACUGUAGUCCUUAUGAAUAUGGUAUUGUCAUUUUCAGUAUUUAUAACUUCGCUGGACUUUCUAAGUUUAUACAUAUUCACAAUUCUGCUUUAUAAAACUGUACUACGAAAUUUAGGAAAAAGAACUUGAUAAUGAAUUGUUUAAUUUGUAUAUGUACAAUCACAGAAGGCAUCCACUUUUCUCAGUUAAUGGUGUUUGGAUGUUUCUAUAUAUGUCCCUGCAUGUAUACCUCCACAAAGUAUAACAGUUAAACAGGUAAAUAAUUCCCACCAAAUAUGCAUACCCAUAAGUAUAUGUUCAUAUAAAUAAAAUCACCAUGUUUUAUAAUGUAGGGACUCUAUAGAGGUGGAUGUAAUUUUACUGGCAUCAAGCACUAGAAAAUAUAUAUUUUUUAUUAUAUUAAUAGCACCAGUUUUUCUGUCCUGUUUCUAAAAAGUAAGAGGGGGCAUAUUGGGGUUUGCAUACGUAUUUUUAAUUAAAAUAUGUCUGUUACGCGCGGCGACGUGUGACGUAUAGACAAAAAAAACAGAUGUAUCGUGUAGGGAAGUGGUCAGGCUUCUAUAAAUACCAGAUGAUUCUGAAACGCCGACAGUCUUUCAGAAGACUCGGGAGAAGAUUUCAGCCGCAGCUCUCCGCCGCCUUUCAGCCGCGAUGCCGGACUCCGCAUUGCUGCUGAUCAUGCUCAGCCUCCUCACUCUCUCCUCUGCCUGCUACAUCCAGAACUGCCCGCGGGGUGGGAAGCGCUCCUUCCCAGACCCAGACCUGAGACAGUGUUCGACAUGUGGCCCCGGGGCCAGGGGGCGCUGCUUUGGCCCCAGCAUCUGCUGUGGGGAGGGGAUGGGCUGCUACGUGGGCUCCCCGGAGACGGUGCGCUGUCUGGAAGAGAACUACCUGCCGAGUCCCUGCGAGGCUGGAGGGAAGGUGUGCGGGACCGAGGGCGGGCGCUGUGCCGCUUCGGGCAUCUGCUGUGACACAGACGGUUGCGCGUUAGAUGCAGACUGCCUGGACGACAUGAGACAGCAGCCUUCACCCGAGGAGUCCUCCCUCUCAAUGGGAAGCGCACCUGAAGAACUGCUGCUGCGCCUGCUGCACAUGACCAGUAGGGGGAAGAGUCAGUAUUGAUGUUCCAUGCGACGAAACGGAAAACUUCGGUCGCAAGAAACAAUUCAUACCAUAUUUCAAUAUCGCCUAAACAUCGUUUAUACAUAUAUAUAUUUUAAAACAACUUUCUUUUCUGAAAAUAAACAACGGGCCGUCAUGAGUUAGGCUACUGAAAUGUGGUGAUUUACUUUGGGCAACGCUCCACUGACCAUGCAGUUGGUGGGGGUGGUGGCUUUGUUCUAUUUUUUUCCAAGGAAACAGAAAUAUCUGAAUGAAUCUAUUAUAAAAGUUCUGCAGUCCAGCAUUAUGAUGUAAUUUCAUUUGCUACAAUGGAAAAAAAUAUUGUAAUAUACAUAAAAUAAAUUAUGUAAAUAUGUAAUAAA